AUGACCAGCAAGCCCACCAUCCCCAGCACGAUGAAGGCGUGGCAGUACACCGAUGUCGUCGGCGGACUCGAGAAGAACCUGGAGCUCAAGUCAGUGCCCAUGCCGGAACGCAAGCCGAAUCAACAUCUGGUGCAAGUGACCUGGGUUUCUACCAACCCAGUCGACUACAAGCCAGCAGAAAUCGGGAUGAUCAACCGUUUCAUGAUCCCGAAACCUGCCACUCCCGGUCUUGAUCUUGCUGGACGUAUCGUUGCACCUGCUGCUGGCUCUUCGCUCAAGGCUGGUGAUCUGGUAUAUGGCUGUACUGGCCAGUCCAUCUUUGCCGGAGGUUCGCUUCGAGAGUACGCUAUUGUUGCAGAUAGCAAGGCUGUUGUUGCAGCACCUGAAGGUGUGUCCGCAAAAGAUCUCUCGACUAUCGGCGUGGCUGGUGUGACAGCACUACAAUCCAUCAAGCCCUUCGUCAAGAAAGGAGACAAGGUCUUCAUCAAUGGCGGCUCUGGCGGUGUCGGUAUUUUUGCUAUCCAGCUUGCGAAGGCAUAUGGACUGUCAGUCACAACGACCUGCUCAACCGCGAACGUCGAAUUUUGUCGGUCUCUAGGUGCCGAUCAAGUAAUCGACUACAAGAAAGAGAAUCUUGUCGAAGCUCUGAAGAAGAGCGGGCCAUACGACCAUGUGGUCGACAAUGUCGGUGCCGACUACAGCUUGUUCUUUAAAGUGGCGGACUUCACUAAGCCUGCUGCGAAGUACGCUUUCGUGGGCGCGACACCUAGCUUUGGACUGGUCGGUAAUCUGUCACGGGCCGCUUUGCCACGGAUUAUGGGAGGUGCUGGUCGUAAGAUCGUCCCCAUCACGUCGGUGUCACUUGAGAAGGACCUCAUCGAGGUAGCAGAUCACAUAAAGAGCGGCCAGGUGAAAGUGUUCUACGAUUUCGAGUACACAUUCGAGAACGUUCGCGAUGCGUUUGCAAGGCAGAAGACUGGCAGAGCGAGAGGCAAGAUUGUCGUGCAGGUUAAUGCUGAUGCCUAG